UGCUUAUCGUGCUUUAAUUAAAAGCUAUAUUUUAGUAACAAAUUAAUUAUUUAAGUGUAUUGUGAUUGUCUUUUGACAAUCAUUUUAGUGACCUUGAAUUACAGCAGCUGUCAACUUAACCAACAAGCUAGUGAAGAGUGAAGUCAAGCUAGUCUGAAAAUGGAAUACUUUGUUUUGUGUUAGUUACUUAGUUUUUAGUUUUCCAAGAUUCAACGAUGAGGAACGUUAAUCCUCAUCUCUUGGAAGACAAGAUGGACGAGGCGGUGACGCACUACAUCACCCACCAGCCCAGUGAUUCUGUUCAUGUGGAUGCUAACUCACUGGCACUGAACAUACAAGAGGAUGAAGGCGGCAGAGUGGUGACAGUAAUGCCACAGAACUUCAGUCAACAAAUGUGCCGGCAAGUAUCAGUGGGGGAGCAUGUGGAGGGCUGGGGGGAGGAAAUGCUGGACCCCGACGGCCGGCUGGCUGCCAUCGUGGCUCAGCUCGCCAAGUCCGGAGCCUCACACUAUCACCCGCCUCAUAAGCUAACCACAGUGAGGGGUGAUAUGGAAACGUCAGUUAUGCUAGAUGGUCAGUUAAGGCUUUUCAACGCGCAAACUUUGGAGCAGCAGGGUGACUCGAUAGUUGUUCAAAUGCCGUCACUACCGCCUUUACCACCACUGCAGGAAAUGAAGCGAUACUCUGACGCUGACUGGGUCAACAAAUCCAAAAACAAUAUGAAGACAACCAGUGUACUAGACUCCGAAGGUCAAGUUCUAGAGCUGCCAGACGCGUCUCCAGGUCAAAACAGGCAGCAAAGCAAGAAGAGUCUGCCACACAAGAAGCGGAUAUCACGGAAACUGAAGCGUAAUACUGGCAACACUACUCCGCAGCAGGACAUAGUAGUAAUCAGCUGUAACGACGAAGUGCAACAGGAGGAAAUUCUCCCCGACAACUAUGUGACUCAAGUGCAGCACCAAACGCAUCUCGCUGACGACACACACAACAUCACGCACGAGGUUCGGCCAGUGUUGAUUUGCUGCAUAUGCGGCGAAUAUUACGGCGAGGAGCAACUCAAGUUCUACCAGCAUCUCAAACACCACUACGAACCUCACUCCAUCAUCAUAGAAAACCCUGUCUCCGACCUAGGAAUAGAUAAGAUGACCAACACCUGCAUAGAAGACAACGUAGCGAACCUCCCAGACUCAAUAGUAGAACUAUCACUAGAAAACACCGUCCCAAAAACGAUGUACCAAACCAUAGACAAACACAUCCUAUACACAUCUAGUGAUAAGACGCUGCAGUAUUCGAAUAAGGUGCAAUACUCUAUGGCCAGUAUGGACAAGGAGCCCACUGGUGAGAAGGGGGACUUGUAUGACACCUUGGAUAAGCUGGAGAUGUAUAAUUGUAUGAAGUGUAAUAAGACUUUUAGGAAACAGAAGCAGUGUGAGGCGCAUAUUAAGGAGGUGCAUGGGAAGCUAGAAGACAUGAGCGAGUUUAGCGAGCCGGAAGACCUGAUGGAGGGCAUCCACGUGGCCGUGGAGGGCGUUGAACCCGCGGAGGGCGAGGCCUACGAGCAGGCGCUGCUGCCGCACCUCACCGUGGAGAACGGCACCGUGCACCAGGAGCACGUGAGACACUGGUACAUGCGCGGCAACCAGCAGACGGCGUGCGGGCCUGACGCCUACUGCCCCGUGUGUCCGGAGCGCCCGGACCAUCAGAGCGAAUCGCAGCUCAAAGAGGAAGUCUUCCAAAGAAUAUUCGACGUAGAAGUACCGGCGGCCGAGAAUUCCAAUUUCGGCGAGAAUAUAAUUCCGGACACGGAAAUUCCGGACGCGGAGAAAUCGGACGAGAAGACGGAUAAAGGGAAGAAGGGGAAGAGCUUCGAGUGCCCGCAGUGCGGGCGCGUGUUUCAGCACAGAAACAGUCUGCUGUACCACGUGCUAUCGCACAAGGGGAAGCAACACGUAUGCCGCGAAUGCAACAAGGGGUUCUACACAUCGGGGGCGCUGAAGAUCCACAAGCGAGUACACAACGGCGACCGGCCUUACAAAUGCGAGGAGUGUGACCGCGAAUUCCGGCAGUGGAGCGAUCUCAAAUAUCACAAGGUGUCCCUACACUCGAACCAGAAACAUUUCAAAUGCGAGUUCUGCAGCAAAGAAUUCGCUCGCAAAUAUUCUCUGAGCGUCCACCGGCGGAUCCACACCGGCGAGAGAAACUACAAAUGCGAGUAUUGCAACAAAAGUUUCCGGGCUUCCUCCUACAGACUAUCACAUAUGCGAACUCACACAGGCGACAAACCGUUCAAAUGCGUGACGUGCGGCAAAGGAUUCCGCGUCGCCGGCGACCUGCGGCGCCACGCGCUCACGCACGACAAGCUCGCGCGCGACAAGCUCGCGCGCGUCAAGCACGAACCAGACAAGUCCCCCAAGAAGGACAAGAACAAAGAACACAAGAAAAAACCACCCGCCGCCACCAAACUACCCAUACUCAAGAGCAUACUCGACAAAAAAUCACCGAAAAGCAAAAAGAAAAUCGGCGCACCCAACGUCACCGUCGACCCAGAUAAAGAACAGUUCAAAAUUAACAACGAAUUCACGAACAACGUUGAAGUUUUCGACAGCAGAAACUUCAAGUUUAAAGAGAUAUACGUGGACAAAGAACAUCUGCGAAACUAUGAAAUAGAAGAAAGGUUACCCGAUGAGAGGAACUUCGCCGUGCUCAAGCCUAUGUUCAGAGCGAACGAUCAUAUAGAACCGGAGAAAGUGUAUGAGCGGACUGAGAACACUGAUGGUAAAAUGGCAGUUUUCACGCAAGUAGAAAAAAAAGAAUAUAGUUCGAUAGUGUCAAAUACGCAAGUGACUUUAGCUGAUAUUAAUAGGCAUUUAGAGAGAGAACCUAGGGAAGUCAGGAGUGACAGUAUGAAUGGGGAGGCGAUAGAAAAUGGGAUACUGGAGAGGUUAGCGGCUCUGUACAAUAUACCUGCGGUAUGAGGAGUAAGACGAAUUCAGUUGUGUCAAUCCUAUUUCGUAUGAAGCUCCAAGUGCAAGGAAAUGGAAUGUCAAACAAACGUUAAUUGUGACGUAUUUUCAGUAUGCAAUAAUUACAUAAUUAUGUAGUGCAUAAUGCUUUAUUACCAUCAUUUUCUCGGAAACGGCCAUUGUCAUUCUACUUCAGUCAACUUCAGUAGUUUUCGUACUUUAGACUGACUGAAAUAGCAUGACACGUUCGUACAUUUUCGUUAAAAUAUUUAAAUCGAGUUUUGCCAUUUAUAAGUAGUCAAAUCGAAGAAUUUACUGCACACUUUUUAGUGUACUGCAAUAAAAACAAAAUAAUACGCGAAAAGUGCAAUUGAAUCGGUUUUUUUUUUGUAUGGAGGUGGUUCAUUUGUGCAUAAUAUCUUUACAUAAGGACCAAACUUAGUGAAAUUUACUUUUUUAUUUAAGCUUUUAUUUACUUAAUUAUGUCAUAAAAUCGACCUGAAAUGUACAGUCAACCAAUUGGAACCAAUUGGAAUUUGGUAAUAAAGAAUAGUUGAAGUUUUAAAAAAAAAAUUGGAACCCUAGGCCACUCUACAACCAUGUCAAAAUGAUAGCAGUAAGAGAUUUCUUACAAAGUGAUUUAUAACGUCACUACGACAUAGUUCUACAGUGGCCUAGGGUUCCAAUUGGUUGACUGUACCUAUGUAUUUUGUACAAAGUAUAAGUACUUUACAUGUAAAUAUUAUAAUGUAAUCAAUAUAGGUAGUACAGUCAGCAUUAAAUAAAAGGCGAUAGAUAUUGACGCUGGAUAUGUGUAACAUUCAUUUUCUGUCUCUAAUGCGCUAAAGAAAGUUACCGCAUCCCGGCUCCGUCGAACAGAAAAAUAGUAAAAAAAAAUGUAUUUGUGUUUUUUUUAAAUUAUAAAUGGGCUUACUCUUGGCCACAGACUAGCCAAAGGCAAAGACGUGGCCUACGAUGGAGUGAG